GUUUUCUCCACCGCACGCCAGUGCUUAUGCAGCGAUAGCAGAAGAAGGACCUCAUGUGCAGAGGAGACGCCGAUGCAAAUUGGGGAAUUACUCCGGGACAUCCCUUGAAUUGACUUGACAUUCGUCCCGCAUUGGACACUGGAUUUUGUGUUCUGAUAACCCAAAGCACCCGUUUCAUUUGCCGCACCGUUUGCAGGGGGGGGCUGCAGAACCUGCUGGGGAUCGCUGCUGCUGCUGUCACCGAGUCGCGGGAAGACAAGGACGUUCCACCUAUUCACUUGUGAUCACCGCACAGGGCUGUUUUGUGAAGCACCUCCGUGAUACCAACACACACACUCUCACCUGGAAGUGUCCGUGGAUCGUCAAAUGUUGUGCCGUGGCCCAAUGGACUUGAGCGUGCGAGGAGAAUGCUAAUGAACGUCGCGCUGCGUCCUGCCGACGCGCGCUAUCCUCCAGUGCUGCUGAGGGGCGACAGCAGAGGUAAUCCUUCGUUCAAGAGGCACCCUGCUCCCUCGGAUAUCUAAGUAAACGCUUCUUUUUUUGUUGGUCAUUCCUUUAUCUGUAUAUCCGUUUCUCAAAGGAAACGAGGGACGUGUUGACAGCGUACCUCUGUGUUUUAAGACGGAAGGGCGAUACAAGGGGAGCUAGACGCCCCUUCCACCUGCUGUUGAAAAUGGGCAACAGUUUUUCCAACAUUUCUGCCUUCCAGUCGCUUCACAUAGUGAUGCUAGGUUUGGACUCUGCAGGCAAAACCACUGUUCUGUACAGACUGAAAUUCAAUGAAUUUGUGAACACCGUGCCAACAAUCGGAUUCAACACAGAAAAGAUUAAACUUAGUAAUGGCACCGCGAAGGGUAUAAGUUGUCAUUUCUGGGACGUGGGAGGCCAGGAGAAGCUGAGGCCCCUGUGGAAGUCGUACAGCCGCUGCACGGACGGUAUCAUAUACGUGGUGGACUCCGUGGACGUUGACAGACUGGAGGAGGCCAAGACGGAACUGCAUAAAGUGACAAAAUUCGCGGAGAACCAAGGCACGCCGCUGUUGGUGAUAGCCAACAAACAGGACCUACCCAAAUCCCUUCCUGUCGCAGACAUUGAGAAGCAGUUGGCUCUGCACGAGCUUACUCCAUCCACCACGUACCACGUACAGCCCGCGUGCGCCAUCAUAGGCGAGGGGCUGCACGAGGGCAUGGAUAAACUGUACGAGAUGAUAGUCAAAAGGAGAAAAUCUCUAAAGCAAAAGAAGAAACGAUAACAGCCACUCAUGUGUGACGUAUGAUGCAAAGUUAGUGUAACUAAAUACUAUUCGGGUAUGCCAGUGUUGCCCCAAAAGAGGUUUACUUUUCAGUGGUUCUAUUAUUAUUUUUGUUUAUCCUUUUACUUUGGGUUAUUAAUGUCAAAGCUGUUAAGAUGCUGUGAACCAGCUGAAUGAUGCUUUUGCACACCAUAAUGGUGCAGAAUUUAUACAAAUGUUUAACCAAAUACAUACAAAAAAGAAACACUUGAAAUGAUUUCUCUUAAGGACUUGAAUGGAAAUUACAGCAUUGAAAAGGAAGAAAUGAAAACGGGCUGGCCCGUGAUUUGCUGCUUUCCUCCUUUGGAUCUUCGAUGUAGCUGGACGUUUGACUCUGGAAGCAGAUCACCAGACUGUAACCCACGGAGUACUUUUAUGGAUGCUUGGAACUGUUUCUGCUCACCGGCCACACGUCUUCAAGGAAUGCUUCUUUGGAAAAAUACCCCACCCUUUUGUUUUUUUGUGAUUUUUGCACGUGGCUGGGGUUAUACUCACUUUUUGCCCACUGCUCAUGUCACACAGUGAAUCUGUGACUUAUCUGUUGCAUAUGAGCCUUCUGGUUAAGGAUGACAGAUGACAACAAUGUUUCCCGAGUGUUGAAGUAGCCUUUACUAUGUGUGUUGGACAGAAGGUGCCACUUGCUCACAGUUGGAGCAGGAUGGGGGGGUGGGGUCCACUAUUUUGCACUUUUCAUUUCCUAACGAAAUAGUAGAGUACUACACUGUAUAGCAGAGUCGGACCUCGCCCCUUUAUGUAUUGACAAGCCAAAAUUGAAGUAUUUUUGGAAUAUUAAAAGAUGAUGAAAUGGA